CACAGCGCGGUGGGAAAAUUAUCCUUUGCUAGAACUUGUGGUGGGUUUAACAAAUCACUGUCUGAGCUGGAGGAGUUGAACUCUACGGAAUAUUUAGGGGCCGAACAAAUACUUACAUUUUUCACCUUGAAGAAAAGGAAAAAAGCAGAGGAGAGCUAGAGGAUUGUUAUGAGAAAAUAAAGGCCCCUGGGAUCACAUUCCAGCAGAGCAUAAUGAAGCUCUCGGUGCGCUCUGCGCCUGUAUGACGGGCGGAGCGCCGUUUGGAUCUCAGCUCACUCAUUCUCUGUCAGCACCUUUGACUGACUCAACUAUAUAGACCAGACUUCAAGCUUCUCCUCAAACGGAUUAAAAGAAAAAGAUUCAUAAUGGAGGAGGGCUACGAGCUCGACCUCACCUAUAUCACAGAGCGGAUCAUUGCUGUCUCCUUCCCUCGUGGCUGCUCCGAGGAAAUCUACUCGCACAACCUAAAGGAUGUCACGCGAAUGCUCAAGUCUAAGCAUGCAGAUAAUUACCUGAUUAUUAAUCUGUCAGAGAGAAGGCAUGACCUUACCAAGAUGAACCCAAAGACUUUGGACACAGGUUGGCCAGACCUACAUGCCCCUCCGCUGGAUAAGAUCUGCACCAUCUGUAAGGCCAUGGAGAGCUGGCUGAAUGCUGAUCCUUUACACGUGGUUGUUAUACACUGCAGGGGUGGCAAGGGUCGAAUUGGUGUUGUCAUUUCCUCCUUUGUGCAUUUCACUGACGUAUCCGCCAGUGCUGAUCAGGCAUUGGACCGCUUUGCCAUGAGGAAAUACUACGAUGAUAAGGUCUCAGCUCUGAUGACACCUUCGCAGAAAAGGUAUGUCUGGAUCCUCAACAGUUUGCUAAGUGGAUCCAUGAAGAUCAAUGCCUCGCCGUUGUUCCUACACUGCGUCAUCCUUCAUGGGAUCCCAAACUUUGAUACCGCCAGCAGAGUGUGUCACCCAUACAUCAAGGUCUAUCAAGGAAUGCAAGCAGUGUACUCCUCUGGAGUCUAUCACAUUGGUUCAGGUCACAGGGACCGAGUGUGCAUCAAUCUGGAGCCAGCCCAGCUCCUGAAAGGGGACAUUAUGAUAAAAUGCUAUCAUAAAAGUGACAUGACCUCUGAGCAAGAGGUGAUUUUUCGGCUGCAGUUCCACACGGGAGCAGUACAGGGUUACAACCUGAUGUUUGAAAAAGAAGACAUGGAGAACGCCAACAAAGACCCCAGAUUCCCAGACUAUGGCAAAGUUGAGCUUGUCUUUUCUGAGGGACCAGAAAGAAUCCCAGGUGCUGACAGGUGGCAAAAUGGGCCAGAUAUUACUGUGGAUUACAACAUGGCAGUUUCUCUUAGCCGCUGGGACUCGUACAAGAACAUCUGUGAUGGUGAAGCACCGCGGUCUCAGGGUCUAAUCCACGACAGAGCAGCUAGCAAGAGGAGCGUUGUUGGUGGAGAGGCCACUCUGAACAGAGGGACCCGUACAACGUCCACCACCUCAAGCCCUGAUCAUAGCGACCAUGCUCUCUCUGUGAGCAGUGACUCGGGCCUGUCAAGCACAUCCCUGUGGACAGAAAGACCCGCACUUGCCACCACCACCACAACAACCACAAGCACCAUUGUGAAGACUAACCAGGGACCCAGUCCGCAGGAGAAGGUCCAGCUGAAACAACUCCUUAGUGGUUUUGGUCUGGAAGAUCCUUCCCUGGAUGAGAUGGAUGAUCCGGGCCCUAAGGUAGAUUUGAAACAGAAACUUCAACCACAGUUGCACUUAAAUGGAGACACCCGACCCAGAGAAAGAGAGACUGACAUCCUUGAUGAUGAAGUUAUAACAGGUCACGAUCUGCACAGCGUGGAUAGCCUAGGAACACUGUCAUCCUCGUGCCAUAAGAGCAGCCAGAACUCCCUUUUGUCAGAUGGCUUUGUUUGUCUUGGAUCAGAGGAGCAUCAAAACCAGAACCACCUGCCGAGCAGUGCACCCCAACACAUGGACGAGUUUGAGAGAUCCCAUGCUGAGGCUAGAAAAGCCUUUUUGAGCUCAAGAAGCAACUCUGUGGCUUCCAGUAAUCCCAGCAGUGCUCCUACACCAAAGCAGCAUGUAUAUAGACAGGGGAGCUACUCAACUCAGUCCUGGGUUCGACAACAACAGAUGGUCGCUGCACAGCAAUACAACUACAUGCCAGAGAAUGGAAAUGAAACAGAAAGAUAUUCCGGGAACAAAUGUAGGAGUACUUCACCCAAAGAAGGCCUCGCAAUCGAAUCACAGAACACCAUCAGGAACACAAACGUGGACACCGUCAAAAGCGCAGCACCUCACAAACAACAGCCAAACACCAGUAGCAAUAAAAACGAAAAGCAUGAUGACGAGAUAAAAUCUCUUACAAUGGACAUUGAUAACUCCAUUGACCAGCUGAAUCAGCUGAUCAUGGACCUGGAUCCCACGUUUGUGCCUAGAUCAGGCCUCAGCAACUCUGUCAACAGGGAUGGAGGGACACGGUUCAAUGGCUUAGAGGGGAAAUGUUCAAACAGCAUCGAUGUCGGAUUCAACGGUUGUAACACAGCAACCCUAAAAAGCACCCAUCAGACAGCUGCCCAGUCAAACGACAGGGGAGGUGGUGUCACGCGGAGUUUGAGUUACCAAGGAAAGGAUGUAAUGGAUCACUCAGGCUUUUCAGGGUGGAAUGACCCAGAGGAGUACAAAAGCCAGCAGACAUAUCCUCCAUGCGUCUCCCAUUUUCAACACUCUAAAUUGUGUAGAAGUGAUGGUACCAGCUAUAAAGCCCGGGGCCCUGACAUUACCAAUGAAAUAGAGUCAGGACCUGACAUGACUCCACCCACCCCUGCAUUUCCCAUCUCACCGCCAACACCUUAUGUGUCCGAUUUCCCUGAACUUAGGAACACUCCAUCUCCCAACAUGCAGUCAUUCAGAGGCUUCAGAACAAAUCAAGAACAACAAGGACAUUCCGAGAUCAAUCAUGUUAGCUUCGAAGCUUUGCAAGAUCCCUCCCAUAACUGCCACAGGAUGCUAAAUUCAACAUACUCUACCUCCAUCAUGGGAAAUCGUCAGCAGAUCGAUAGCUCAUCUGUGAAUCAUUCCUGGCCAGAGCAUCAUGUUCUGACCCACCAAUCCUCCCUGAAUAGCUUCCUCUCUGCUAGACCGCCAGUAUCGCACUCAACAUCUCUGGACUAUGGGCAUCACUCCCCCCCUUUACACCUCCCUCAUGCCCAUCCUGCUCCCAAUGCGCACAGCUCUCCACGAAGCAGCCAGAGAAGCCAUAUGGCUUGCUAUGCCCUCAGCCGUAGUCCUCAAUGCAUUGAUGAGCAAGACGGGUCUGUUCAUACCUAUGGCAAAGAGUGUCCAGACAUGGGUGUAGAUGGGGAUCUUUUGACCUCCAUGGAAGGCCAGCAUCAGUCACCGAUUCCCCAGAUACAGCCCCCUCUGCUGCCUGAAAAAAAGAGAGCAUCAGAUGGUGAACAUUCAUUGGGAACUGCAUCUCCAGCCCUCAGUGGGUUCUCCAGUCCUCACAGUGGGAGCUCCCUUAGUAUUCCUUUCCCUAAUGUGCUGCCUGACUUGUCAGCUCAAAUACCAUGUUCUGUCUCACCACUGCCAGAUGUACUUGUGGGCAAGCAGGUGUCUGUAAAGUUUGUACAGGACACCUCAAAAUUCUGGUACAAACCAGAUAUCUCAAGGGACCAAGCUAUUUCAGUUUUAAAGGAGAAGGAGCCCGGCUGCUUCAUAGUGAGGGACAGCCACUCCUUUAAAGGGGCCUACGGUCUGGCUAUGAAAGUGGCAACACCUCCUCCAUCGGUCAUCCAGCAGAGCAGAAAAGGUGGUGAUCUAACGAAUGAGUUGGUGCGCCACUUCCUGAUUGAGUGCACACAGAAAGGUGUGCGCCUUAAAGGAUGUCCCAAUGAGCCUUACUUUGGAAGCUUAACUGCAUUGGUUUACCAACAUUCAAUAACUCCCUUGGCUUUGCCCUGUAAACUCAUUAUUCCUAACAGAGAUCCACUCGAAGAUGUUGUGGAGAACAUUUCACAUUCAGUCACUAAUUCGGCUGCUGAGCUGCUGAAGCAGGGAGCAGCCUGUAAUGUAUGGUACCUCGGCUCUGUGGAAAUGGAGUCCCUCACAGGGGUCCAGGCAGUGCAGAAAGCCACCAGUAUAACCCUUAAUACCAACCCUCCACCAGUCCCCACUGUGGUACAUUUCAAGGUUUCCUCCCAGGGAAUUACUCUUACAGACAACCAGAGGAAGCUUUUUUUCAGAAGGCAUUAUAAUGUCAACACAGUCAUAUUUUGUGCAUUGGACCCUCAAGAUAGAAAGUGGAAGAAAGAGGGCUGCCCAUCAGCAAAAAUCUUUGGAUUUGUGGCAAGGAAAACAGGCACUUCAAUGGACAAUGUGUGCCACCUAUUUGCAGAACAUGACCCUGAACAGCCAGCAAGCGCUAUUGUGAACUUUGUUUCUAAAGUGAUGAUCGGCUCACAAAGGAGUAAGUAGGAUGGAGCUGAUUCCCUGCUCAGACACCAAAAGACUGAGGACACAAAGGAUAAAAAAAGUUAGAUCUCCUUAUUAACUGGACUUUAACUCUCAUUGUUAACUGGAUGUUGCAGAAAUACUCACUGGUUACUAUUAGCAGAAAUAUAGUGAGAUUUUCUAAACAAGGAAAUGCAGGAAUGUGUUUUCUAAAUUGAUUUUAAGCUAGUUUAGAAAUAACUCAGUGUUGUUUUUCCUCAUAUGUUUGCUAUCCUCAUAUUUCGGGCUUUUCCAAAUUGUUGUUUAAUCAGGGUUCUCGAUUUAUUUCCACAAGUGAGGUUAAAAAGUCUUAGAAUAAAUUAUGCUUUUUUUUUUUGUAUCAUAAUUGAACUCGUCUAAAUAUUCAUCCAUUUUUUUAUAUAAUUAUUUAAAAAAGAAAAUAAAUUGCAAUAAAUUUUAAUCAAAGGGUUUAGGAUUUUCAGUUUAUAGUUAAUACUUUCCUGUUUGCAUGAGGUACAACAAUGCUUUACCCAGAGAGUGACUUUUUUUAGACUCUUAAAAAUAAGACAAAUGAACGUGCUAUUUAAGGGAGGCAGAUAUGUGCUGCUGAGAAUAUGCUGUCGGCACUACAUAGAUUAUUUUUUAUUUAUUUCAAUCCAAACAGGCUUAAUCAUGUAUAAAACAAACUGUAUUUUGUAGGUGAUAAGUAAGCAUCUCUUUACUAUUUCUGAGCAUCUCAGUUUGGAUUUUGAUUAUUUGAAAAACAGCACAAUAUAUGAGCAAAUUGUGCAUAAUUUGGUCUUUGGAACCACUUUUGUUUAUUUUGUAAGCAGGAGUGUUCUUUUGUUUUGUCUAUGCAUUGUAUAUAUAUAUAUAUAUAUAUAUGUAUUUUUAUUUUUUUGAGUAUGGUACGAUACACACGUAUAGAACUGUCUUUUAUAUGUUAAGAUCUUGUUCUUCUGAAUAUGUUUUUGAACACCAAUGUUUUUUAAUAGGGAUUUAAUGGAAACAUUCUUUUUUGUAUUAAAUGUAGAGGCUGUGUAUAAAACUCUCAACUAAACCCUAAUAUAUAUAUAUGUAUACAUAUAUUUAUAAACACAAACAGGCAUAAAAAUUGUUAGAAGACUGCUUUUCUGUAGUAGAUGAUUAAUGCAUAUGAAAAUCAGCUGGAUUUUAACCUUUUAUUUUGUUGAGAUACUAUCACAUAUGUAGUUUAGACUUUCUCUGUUUUUCAAAGAACACUGUCAGUCUUUUACUAACUAAUGUAAAAUAUCUAUUUAGUUCAGUGUUGGAAGUUUUUACAAAUACAAUGUAUUUGCCUUACUCCAUUAGUCACCUGUCAAUGACAUAAACCUGCUCAUUGAUUCAGAAAAUAACUGAAUUAUCCAAGCCUAUAUUACUUGAGAUAACAGUUUUUAUCUAUGUUUUUGCUUUGGCUAUUAAUUCUAUUCAGAGAGAGACCUACAGUGAUAGAAAAGCUUUUGGUGGCGUUGCAUUAACAGUUGCAUUAACGGUUGAACAUGACCCUUUUUAUUUUUAUUUUUUUUUAUUUUUUACAAUGUAUUAAAAAAACUGCUAUUUUUCACUGUCUGACUCAUCAGACUGUUUUCCUCUUUUAGUUAAUUUAGAAUCACGCUAAUUGUUAGUUUGCUCAACACCACAAUAAUACCAGAGAUAAUUGUUUCAGAUCACUUCCAUUACUUUCUUCUAAUGGUGGCAUCUUUAGCCAUUCAAACAAUAUGUGAGUAUUAACACCAUGAUAAUGUCGAACCACAUUCUUUGAUAAUGUUUAAAAUGUUCACAUUAACCCACAAGAAGAACUGUAGGAACUUGUGAUGAUUCUAGAUGAAGCUGGUAGCAGAUUAUAAUCAUCAUCAUCCAGUUAUGCAUCCUGCACAGGUACUGGCAUAAAAGAAAAGCAAUUUGCAAAUUGACUCACAGAGAUUUCCUCUAGUCUGACAACAGAAUUUGAGGGUUUGUUUAUAAUCACAAAUGAUACUUUUAAAGGAAAAAGGGUGAAGCUUCUAAGGAGUUAUGAACCAUUACACACUUUUGGGUAGGAAGGUGGCAGUGUCAUGUUGUGUGCCUGCUUUGCUGAAAACAUAACGUGUAUAACAUAAAGGCAACAUCUCAGAUAAUCUGCAGGGAAGAUGAACCUUGGGCACAAAUUGGCACCUGUUAUUCUGAUAGAAUGGACCAGGUUUGUGUCAUAAGAAGUUUUUGAAACCUCUGAACUUCAAGCAAGUUGAAACAUGUUCUAUUUCUUGCAAUUUUCUUGUUUUUAACCAAUAGAAAUAAGAAUGGAAAAGUUUAGUCUUUUGAUGCCACCAAGAACAAAAAUUGUUCUUUUUUUUAAAGUAGAUAUGUAAAAAUGUGGUUUUAAGUUUAUAUGAUUUACAGUAUAUGUAUAUUUGUGUUUGUAUGUAAUAUGCAUCAUAGUCAUUUACACUUGAAAUCAAAUAUUUACACAGUUCUACCUUUUAUGCAUGUAUCUCAUUCUUCUAAUUCUUCAGUGAAAACCACUUUUCAUGCUCUUUUGUGUAUCCAUUUUAUUUUGUUUGAUGUGUGAUGUAAAUAAACAGUGGAAAACAUGUUA